GCAAAUGGGUGGAACCUUAAUGGCAGAAAUAGUGGAAACCAAAAACUAUGGGACUAUAAAUAAAACCAUUCCUUCCUCUUUGCUUCCUCCUCGGAUGCUUCAAAGAUGCAUAACCUCAGGCAGAAGGCAACGCUCUUAGGUUCCUUCGUUCUGGUCUUUCUCCCGACAUUGUUGUCGGCGACAACCUUAGUGAAGAAGACCACUCAGAACCUUCACCUCCAAGCCGCCCAUUCAGCAUGCGAAGACACAUUGUACCCAGACCUCUGCAGCUCCACCUUGACCAAAGCCCUGCCCAACCUCCACAACAGAACCAUCCAGGAAAUCAUCGCCGCCACCGUCAAUGUCACCGUCUCUGAGGUCCAAGCCUCCGCCACCAAUUGCUCCAGCAUUAUGAAGAAGCUGCCUGAAUUGGACAUCCUGGAGAAGCGGGCCCUGGACGAUUGCCUGGAAUUACUGUCCGGCACUCGGGAAGAGCUAAAAAAGGCCAUAUCCGAUCUCGUCAAAAACGACGCCGCUUCAUCUUCCAAACACUUCACCGACUUGCAGACGCUCUUCAGUGCCGCCAUGACCAACCAGGCCACGUGUCUCGACGGCUUCGCGUACAGCAAGAGAAACGUCCGCCGUUUCAUCGAGAAGAGACUCCGUGAAAUCGCCCGCCACGUCAGCAACUCCCUCGCGAUGCUCAAGAAAAUAAGGAAGAAGAAGCGGAAGUCGGCGCCGGAAAAGGAGGCGUUCCCGGAGUACGGACAAGUCAAGGGGGGGUUUCCGGGGUGGUUGACGCGGAGAGACAGGGCGUUGCUUCAAGCGCCGGUGGGCAGCACUACGGAAGCUAAUUUGACCGUCGCUAAGGACGGGACCGGGAAUUUCAAGACGAUUAAUGAAGCGUUGAGCGCAGCGCCGAAUUCGAGCACGACGAGGUUCGUCAUAUACAUUAAAGCAGGGGGGUACUUCGAGAAUGUUGAGGUGGAAAGGAAGAAGACUAAUAUAAUGUUCCUCGGAGAUGGGAUCGGAAAGACGGUCAUCAAAGGAAACCGGAGCGUCGUCGACGGCUGGACUACUUUCCGUUCCGCCACCGUUGCUGCGGUGGGGAAUGGAUUUCUAGCAAAAGGCAUAACCUUCGAGAAUUACGCCGGACCGGAGAAGCACCAGGCAGUGGCGGUCCGGACAGGCUCCGACCAGUCAGCCUUCUUCAACUGCAGCUUCGUUGCAUACCAAGACACCCUCUAUGUCCACUCCCUCCGCCAGUUCUACCGAGAUUGCGACAUAUACGGCACUGUCGAUUUCAUCUUCGGCAAUGCUGCCGUUGUCUUCCAGAACUGCAACCUCUACGCCCGCAAACCCAUGGAUAACCAGAAGAACAUCUUCACCGCCCAAGGCAGAGAUGACCCGAACCAGAACACCGGGAUUUCGAUCUUGAACUCCAAAGUGGCUGCUGCCGCUGACCUGAUCCCGGUUCUGUCAACGAUCAAGAGCUACCUUGGCCGGCCGUGGAAAGAGUAUUCCAGGACGGUUUUUAUGCUGUCGAACAUCGAAAGCGUGAUCGACCCGGCCGGUUGGUUGGAGUGGAAUGGGACGUUCGCGCUCAGCACUUUGUACUAUGGAGAGUAUAAGAACAGAGGAGCGGGUUCGAACACGAGUGCGAGAGUGAGUUGGCCCGGUUAUAGAAUCCUCAACACGUCCGAGGCAACUCAGUUCACUGUUGGGAACUUCAUUGUGGGACAAGAUUGGCUUCCCGCAACUGGUUUCCCAUUUUUUGUCAAUUUGACUGCAUCGUAGGGGUGCCUGCUGCCUUGCUCAAAUAUUGUUCGCCCACUUUUUGUGUUUUUUCGGAAUAAGAUUCAUCAAGAUAAAUUCAAGGUUUCUAAUUCUUGCUAAAAAAAUU